UAUAAAAAAUAUAUACAUAAAUACAUUUACAUACACACAUGCAAAUUCUUUGUAUCAAGUUUUUGGGCGGCCGCUUGACCUGUUAGUAAUAUCAAUAAAACCUCCUUCGAAUCACACCCGACCAUAUUAAAAGAAAGGGGAAUGGUUCAUUGCAUAAUGUAGUCCAAGUUACCGUUAGCAAGGCAGAUGACCAUCGCUGGAAUGGGUUCGGACUGAAAUAACUUUGAUCAAAGGUCUUCUCGAUCAGGGCUGAACAACAACAUUGAUAAUAGUAUCAGUCAGCAUCAUUGUUAUCGGCAACAACAACAACAACAACAACAACAACAAUAACAACAACUAAGAAAACCGUAAACAAGGCACGUCAUCAUCCUUGUCAUCAUCAACAACAGCGACAACAACAAUAAUAAUAUCUUACCGUCCUCGCUCGCUCUGUUUUCUUUGAUAACUGUCUAAGCAAUCAUUAUGAACUUCCCAUUCUUUUUCGUCUUGUCAUUGGCAAUCUUUUCUGCUUCUAUCGUCCUCGCCAACAUACGCACUACACCAAACGAAUGCAAUAAAUGUAGAACAACGGGUCACUGCACUCUGCCAAACUGCUCCUGCUGUGGCCAUACAAUCCCCGGUAAAAAGUCACAAAGGCCUCAGUUGGUUUACUUCUCGUUCGACGAUGCAGUGACAGUUCGAAAUUCUCCUCUUUAUGAAGAAUUAUUCAAUAAAAGCCGCACAAAUCCAAAUAAGUGCCCAAUUUCGAUGACUUUGUUCGUGUCGCAUAACGAUACCGAUUACGACUUGGUGAAGCAGUUCUAUGACCAAGGAAUGGAUAUAGCAGUGCAUGGCAUCAAUCAUAUAAGAUCACUGAAUGCUCUUCAGUUUUCAUACGAAGCACUUGGUCAACGGUUAAACCUUGCCAAUCGAUCGCAGAUACCCAAAGAAGAAAUUGUCGGAUUCAGAAGUCCGUAUUUAAUAGCUUACGGAAACGAACAGUUUGAAAUACUGAGUAAGGCAGGUUUUGCCUACGAUUCAACUUUGACUAUCACCAAAAGGUCACUGAUUGAAGAAUCCCCAGUUCCAUUUACGAUGGAUUAUGGUUGGCCAUAUCCUUGCAGCAUUCCCGAAUGUCCGACCGAAAAUAUUCAAGGAUUCUGGGAAGUACCUAUCGUGACAGUGCUUGACAAACUGGCUCGUUAUCCUUGCGUCUAUGUGGACGGAUGUGCGAAUUCACCAACAAACGAAGAAGAAUCAUUCAAUUUCUUGCUGGAAAAUUUCAUGAGUUACUACACUAUGAACAAGGCACCAUUUGGCUUGAACAUGCAUUCAACAUGGUUGUUGCAAGAAUAUGAGACGAACCCAUACCGAAUGAAAGCCAUGCAUCGAUUUUUAGACUAUAUCCUCGGCCUCAAUGACGUUUAUGUUGUUAAUAUUAAACAGAUUGUGGAAUGGAUGAAGCACCAACCAUCGUUAAAUGAGUUGUCCAAAUUUGCUCCGUUUCAAUGUCAGAACCAAACCAACGGUUACCUAAACGGAACCACCAUUUCGCCAAAACAAACAAACAACUCCCCAAAUCAAACCACCAGUUCCAUAAACCAAUCUUCCAGUUUCCCAAACCAAACCAUAGUUUCUGUAGAAACGAUUUCGUCAACGAAACUAGCAACAACAGUCUUGAUGGGAGAAAUCACUACAAACGUGAUGAUGUCACAAAACAUGGAAGGGAACAAUAACAAUGACCCGAGCGCAAGGUUACAAUCGCUGCAAACCCAACAAGUUUCUAAUAAUUUUGUAACGGAAGGAUAUAAUUUUCAGUCAACACCAUCUCAAACCCAGCCUAUCGGUAAUAGUUUCAAUUCAACAAGAGAAUUAAUUCACUCGACACUGUCACCUUCGAAUACAGCCAGUCGAAAUAAAUUACAAAAUAUUUCUCAGACGACACUGACUCCACUGAAUGAGUCUUCUGUGACGUUGAGAACUUCCUAUCAGACCUCUGAUUCUGUACCAACUAAUAUUCUCCAUAAACGGUCACUGAAAAGUAAUAAAAGGGACAAAUUCGAAUUCCCUGAAGUUUUUUCUGAGAGAAGCGCAGCCGAGGAAAAUUCAGAUAUCAAGAAAACAAGAAGCUUACCUAUUCAAAGCAAUUCUAACAUGAACAUACACAAUAGAAAUGAAAAUGACCAAAGUAAUAUUGACACUAGUAGACAUUCACUUCAAAGUGUUUUUCAUAGAAAAUCAAACUUAUUCCGAGUAGCGGCCAGCCUGGUAAUGAAAAAUGAUAAGGAGCUAGAGAAGAUAAUUACGAAAGAUUCGUCUAACCACGAUAGCGCUGUGAUAUUAGUUGCAAAGAAUAAUUCGAUAGACAGGCAACUUCUUACAAACAAGGAUUACCGUGAGCCGGUAAUAUUAAUCCACAACAGACAGCAGAAGUUGGACUAUGAAAACGGUUUGAAGGAGUUAAACGUGAAACCGAUGACAACAAUGAGAAAUUUAUUGAAAUCUAAAAUAACCAAAAUUCGUCCAUUUGAAAAAUUAGAAAUUCCAUCAUCAGAAACAGUUAAAAUACUUUCACCGAAAAAAGAAGCUAUUUUAUCUAAAAAGGCCGAAAUUCUUCCAUUAGAAAGGGGACAAUAUUUAAAAACAAAAUACUCUGAUUUAAGAAAAACUUUCUUGGAUUUUACUACUGGAAUAAAUAUUAAUAACAGAUAUAAAAAUAAAAGUGUAGGUCAGCGAAAUAUUCUUACAAGUAGAUAUACAAAAUCCGCUUUAUUACCAGGCUUUGUGAAAUCUCGAGAAUUUUCGUCAGACCCACUGGAUGAACAUUUGGAACUUAGUAAUAGUAGUAGCAGCAACAGCAGUCCUUCGAAAUCAAAUGACGACAGCAAUGUAUCAGUUUCGGAAUCCUGUCAACAAGGGAAGAACUGCUAUAAACCAGGUUGUCAAUGUCACCAAUUCCAUAUCCCAACAACAUCGAAGAAAAUUCCUCAAUUCGUUUAUUUCACUUACGAAGGAUCUAUCAAUUCUUCUAUUACUGAAAAACUUAAAGGGCUUUUUCAUGCCGAAAGGUUAAAUGCAAAUGGUUGCCGGAUUAAAAGCACCUUAUUUGUCACAUCCGAAGGAUCUAAUUAUACCGCUAUUAAAGAGCUUUACGACGAAGGAAUGGAAAUUGCAUUACAUGGGUUAAAAAAGAAGAAUCUGGCCGGUAAUCUUUUAAAUAUGGAAAUUGCUUUGCAAAAAUAUUUGCUUAACCGAUAUGCUAAUGUAUCUCAUGACAAAAUAUUUGGCUGGAGAAAUAUUGAUCUUCAAUCGAAAGGAGACGUUCAAUUUGAAAAUUUGCAAAAUAGUAAGAUGCUGUAUGAUUCGUCACUGUUUGUAAUGACAAAUUUAGAGAAUAGGACAGGAAUUUGGCCGUCUACCUUAGACUUUGGAUGGAAGAAAAACUGCUUGCUACAACAGUGUCCUACUAAAAAAUUUAAGGGUCUCUGGGAAGUCCCUGCUGUUCCUUAUGUUGGAAUUAAGAAAAGGUAUUUGUGUAAAUUUGUUGACAGUUGCUAUAACAAACCCCAGACUGCGGUGCAAACCUAUGAUCUCCUUCUAAGUAAUUUCAUGGCAUUUUACAAAAGAGAUCGAACGCCUUUUGGUGUUCGCUUACGAUCGGACUGGUUUUUACCGAACAACGAAGAAAACCUCAAAGGUUUAAACGCUUUCCUGGGACUGGUUGAGGAAUUGUCCGAUGUAUACAUUGUCAGUGUGAAAGGAUUAAUUGACUGGAUGAAAGACCCGGUACUUCCUGAGAGCGAUAACCUUACAGCUUCAAAGAUAGGCUGUUGAAAUGUAUCAAUGACCUUCACACUUGGUAAAAUCCUGUUUAUUUUUGUUUAUGCUUUGGGAGACAGGUGGGAUAUCGAUAUUAUUACUGUUACAUUAUGAAAAUAUUUUGAAAAUAUAUAAACCUAAAUGAAUAAUAUAAAUAUGAUUAAUUUUCAUUUUUCAUCAUGUCACAAGGAGAAAUAUAGUUUAAAAAAAUGUAAUUAUAAAAUUGUAUAUUGAAUAUCUUCAAUCCAUUAUUAUGAUAACAUAUGAUGAUCAUAAUAUUAUCAUAAUAUGCAAUCCAUUAUCAUACACUUCAACAUGUCUGAGAUGAGUUGUUAUUGUCAGUGAUGUUGUUACUGUUAUUUAGAUUAUAAUUUUUCAGGAGUAAUUGAUAAGACACCAGGUGACAAUGAAACAGAACGAAAUGUUGUGUAGAUAUGAAUAUAUCAUCAUCAUCAUCAUCAUCAUAAUCAUCAUCAUCUUUAUUACAGCUUUCUGACAUUUAUCAAAAUUGUAAUAAAGUAAGUUGAAACAUUAUUGCGCCUCUUUUAAACGCUUUCAAAACAAUCCCAAAUAUAUUAUUGAAGGAAUACCAAAAGAGUUAUUAAACAUUGUCAAAAAUUAUCGAAACGCAACGAAUCAUAAUCAAGAUAUUUUUAAAAUGUUAAAAUUAUUAC